AUGCCGUACGAGGAGAUCACGAAUUUCUACCCCGACAAGGGAUCCAGCAUCAGCUCGUCAAUCCCCUCGAGCAAGUGCGCCGAAAAUGCCUUCACUUGCACCCGUCCCCGAUGCCACUGCGACGCCGCGAAUCGCGAAGACCCUGAUGCCACCGAAACAGUCUCGCUCGAGAAUCGCAGACACGCCGACUACUUCUACCGACCACCAGUAUUAGGCCCAUUGCCCGGGUUCUGUGAUUCUCAAAACUCGCCAUAUGCGGAUUUUCACUACGAAAAGCUUUCGAAGGCUGAAUACUGCGAGCAAUGCCAGUUCUGCUCGGUGCUGUCCAGAUGGUGUGGCAGACCAUCUGCACUAGACCUUAACUGCGCGUCUGUGGUUGAUCUAAAUUACACGAAAAUGAAGCUGCCCAAUGCAACCUGGGUCCAGGAGCCACUGAUAGUCAAUCCGGCGGAAAUAUACGGUGAAAACACGAACCCUAGAGAGCCAUUUCUGCCAGCUGUGUUUUCUCAUACUAUUUCCUAUCCCUUUCCUCAGGAGCUGCCUGUAUAUGAUGUUGAUUUAUCGAGAGAUGAGUGGAAUCGCUCAAUGGAGAGCAUCCAUAACAUCCAUCGCUGCCGCACAAUGCCUCAACGGCGGGCGGAGAAAUGCCAGCGGCUCAGGCUCUGCAAGGAUGUUCGUGGAGCGAAACGCGAGGACUGGGCUUUCGAGGAGGGGUCCCUUGUUAUCGGUAUUCACCCGAAUUUCGUAGAUUUGCCACAGCAGCUUAUUGCACCGGACGAGUUCGAGCUACGAUAUGGAGAGGUGUACGUGGUCUGCCGGAUGUUUCCUGAUUUGUGGGCGCUCUGCGCAAGAUUAAGGAUGUCGGAAUGUAUUCUUCCAAAUCGAAAAAGUGAUACAGUUGGUCAUGGCGUGGAGAAUAUCAAAUUCCUUCCGCUGUGUGCUGUUACGUUGGCUGCUAACUUUGCGAACUUUGAUCGGCGUUAUGCAGAGUAUAGGCUGCGAUACCCUUAUGCAACUGCAUUCCCAUACGGAGGGCUUCGAAUCACGCCACCAAUGCGCCAGGAGAGUAUCGAGGCUAGCGAGGAGUUUUUCGAGUUUGGUUAUGAAUCACUGCAUAUGGCGGGGAUUGUGUUUGAUCUUUGCCAACCACGCGCCACGUUACCGUCUAACACUGACUAUGCGCCUUUGAACUUGUCCAUUUGGGAAAAGAUACAAGAGCUAAUCCCAUUUAGCGACGCUUUCGGUAAAUCGGGUACACUGCGAAGAGGAUGGCGGAAAAGUAUUCCCAAAGAAACUAAUCAGUCCGCUACUGGAAGCAAAAAUGCGAGUGAUUGUCCACAAGACCUCAGCCCCAACGUGUCUUUAGAGAAUGAUAUUAUUUAUACAGAAGACAAGUCUGUCACACAUCGUGAGGAAAUAGACACGGUUAAAGCGAACGGCAGGUCGAGGAGUUUGAGAUCGCGAAGACCGGUGAGCAAGCGUAAGAGUGUUCGCGAGUUCUUCUUUGGGACUUGGAGACAGAGGCCGCUGGAGUUAUUGGACACGGGAAAUCCUGUCGAGGAAGCAUCGCAGGGCAACUCGAGCUGA